AUGAGAACGGGUGACGCAGUCUUGGUAGAUGACGUAUACAGGAAAUGUGAAGAAGCUUCAAAAAGUGUCUGAAUGAACCAACUUUUUGCGUUUCUUUCUCCCCCGUUAGCUUAUUUUACUCGUCGAGAAUAUGGAAACGUGGAGUCUUGUUACACUUUGUGUGUUGCUCGGCGUUGUUACGAGAUGGGGCGUUUCGCUGAAUUCAUAUUCAGGGGCGGGGAAACCUCCCAUGUUUGGAGACUAUGAAGCUCAAAGGCACUGGCAAGAAGUGACCUACAACCUCCCUCCAAAGGAAUGGUACUUCAACACCACUGACAAUGACUUGUACUACUGGGGUCUAGACUAUCCUCCUCUUACGGCCUACCACAGCCUGAUCUGUGCUCAUGUGGCUAAGAUAAUAAACCCUGAAUGGGUGGAGCUGCAUUCAUCCAGAGGUUAUGAAAGUGCAGCACACAAGUUAUUUAUGAGGGCAACAGUUCUGGUGGCAGAUUUGUUGAUUUACAUCCCUGCUGCGGUUUUAUACUGUUUAUACCUGACGGAAGGAUCUUCUAUGAAAAAGGUUUCCACACUGCUCUGCUUCCUCCUUUAUCCAGGACUAAUCCUCAUUGACUACGGACAUUUUCAGUACAAUGCAGUGAGUCUUGGCUUUGCCCUGUGGGGUGUUCUGGCUCUGGGUCUGAGCUGGGACGCGUUUGGCUCCAUGGCCUUCUGCCUGGCUCUCAGCUACAAACAGAUGGAACUGUACCACGCUCUGCCCUUCUUCUGCUACCUGCUGGGGAAGUGUGUCAAACUGGGCCUGUUGGGGAGAGGGUUUUUUCUGUUGGUGAGAAUUGCCUCAACAGUGUUGGUGACCUUUGCCCUCUGCUGGCUUCCCUUCCUGUCUGACCCCAGUCAAGCCUUGCAGGUGGUCAGGAGGAUCUUUCCCGUGGCACGCGGUCUGUUUGAGGAUAAGGUGGCCAACACAUGGUGCAGCUUGAACAUCCUGAUAAAGAUCAGAUCCAUUCUGUCCAGUGACACUCAGAUCUACCUCAGCACUGCCUGCACUCUUCUAGCAGUUCUUCCUUCCUGUGUCAGACUUCUGAUGAAGCCGACCCUCUGGCAGUUUAAACUAGCUUUGGUUAAUUCAUCUCUAGCAUUUUUCCUUUUCUCCUAUCAAGUCCAUGAGAAGUCUAUCCUCUUGGUUGCCUUGCCUGCUUGUCUCCUGCUGAAUGACCUCCCCCUGAUGGUUAUUUGGUUCCUGCAGGCCUCUACUUUCAGCAUGCUGCCUCUGUUACUGAAGGACGGUCUGCUUGUGCCCUAUGUUGUCACAUCGCUGGCCUUCCUCUUCUUCAGCAUCUAUCUGCUGUCUGCACUGGAGAACUGUACGGAGGAAGAGCUGAAGCUGGGAGCCUAUCAUAAGCUGCUCUUCUUCUUACCUAAACUGGACCUGGCCUGUAUCGUAAGAUGGAAGUUCUACAUCAGUGUCACAGUCAUGGCUGGUCUGAGCUUCGCGAGUGUGGUGAUGGCUCCUCCCCCACAUCUACCAGAUUUGUUUCCUGUGCUGGUCUCGGUUGUUUCUUUUUGCCACUUCUUGGGGACAUUUCUAUAUUUCACAGUUGUCCAGUUCAGCGAGCCAACCAGCAGAAAGAGCCAGAAGAAGACCAACUAAACAGAAGGUUGUGAGAAGUGAACCCAGCAGAGGAGUUUCAGUUUAUUUUGAGACAGGUAACACUGUGGAGCUAGUUGGAAGGUUUUCACUUGUGCCAUCAUGAAGCCAGUGCAAAUAAAAAUAAUGCUGCAAUGAUAAGUCCACUAAACAUGAAAGUUAAACUCCAACGGUUUAAAAAUUGAAUAAGUUGUGGAAUAAAAAGUCAAUCAUUUGAGGGUUCUGACUUUGCAAAUAUGGACAAUUUCUGCAUUUCUUUUCUUUGAUUUAUAGUAAAUUUAAUGUGUUUGGGUUUUAGACUGGGAGAUUUUGAAUUGUGAUGAACAUUUCCCAGUUUUCUGACCAAUCAAUUAUUAGAAGGACAAUUUAAAGAUUGUUUCUUAAUUUUACAGAGGUUGAUUAGCACCCUUCACAAGUACUUAUUGAGGCAUUUUUGGCUGAAAAUCAAGAUAUUCAACAAACAUGGAAACUGAGGGCGGCUGCAAUAUGAAAUUAAAGGAACAUGUGGUAACAGUUCUACGACUUGGACCAAAUAAACCAGUCUUCUUUGUGAUGUUACUUAAUCUAAAUACUCAGUUUACACCGGUACUUAUCCCACCGUGUCUUACUUUUUGUGAAACAUGAGUCUUUUUUUUUUAAUAUUGUUUUGCUUGGACCAAUGGUUUACCACUCUCUGUUGCUAAACUAUAACUGGCCAAUCUCUAAUACCCAAGCAAGCAACCUGAAGGCAGUUCUCACAUUAGGGUGUAGAUCGGUCUGUGCCUGUAUGAAGCAACAGUAGGUGGCUACAGUAAUCAGCCCACCUGUUGUAAUGUUCAUGUUCGGAGCAUGAGAACAGGUGUUGAUUAAAUCUUUAGCUAACUUUUAAAGCCCCAGCUGAUGGUGCUGCUGGACUCAGUAUCAUGAGGUGUUCCUGUUACUUUUGUCUUCUUUCAGUACCUCUUUCUGGGUUGUAAUUCAGUGCCUACCUGAUGGGUCUGGACUCAGGUCUGGCAGUAACGGUUUAGUAUCAACCAUACAUGUGAACUUUUCUAAAGCUUUUCUACUGUAUAUUUUUAUCCAUUGUUGAAGUAAUUUUGUACAAACUUGUGAAAAUAAAUAAAAAAUCUCAAUGACCUGAA